CAAAAGCAGAAAAGAUAAUAAGAACAACGAAGAGGAAGGUGAUGAUGGAAGCAAACUUAGCCAUGCUAUAUUUUACUUUUUUACUUUUUCUCCUUUCUUUUUUUUUAGUUUGAAGGUAUAUUAUGUGUAUUGUACGAGGAACCGAGCCUAAAAUGAAUUUCUAUUUAUAAUGACACGAUGGUUAGUUUAGUCUUUUACUUUUCAUCCUACAAUAAAGUUUAACCACAAGAAUUGAAAUACACAUCUAUGAUUUAGGUAAUUAGAGACAAUUCUUAAACUUAAAAUAGGUAAAAUAGACGAGAAAAGGCUAACCAAGAGAUAAAAUCUUGUUCGUAAUUAGACACUACUUCCUAAAAAUAAUCAUCUACCCGCAGCUGCUGAAACUCAUAUGGUAUUUCCAUCCUUAAGAUAGAUAAUUUUAUCGCUAAUAAAAGAUUUCAAUUUAAAUCUCACAUCAAAAGUUAAACAAAAGAAAGUCUAAUAUAUAAAAAAAAGUCUAACUCUAAUUAGUAUAAAGCUUUUUGGAAGGAAAACCAAAAGUAAAUAUAUGCGAAAUUUGCCUUUUAAACUUAAAGUCGACAAUCUACUAAUAGUUUUAAUAAAUCUCAACAGCUGAAAGAAUUUAAUAUUAGUUUAUGUUUACUAAAGCAGUUUCUCCACAAGCUACCUCCUCCGCUACGGAACUCGAACACAAAGUUUCUCACUUCCUUAACCUCUAAACCUAAUCUCAUUUUCCUCCGCCGUUUGUCGCUGAUGUCAUCUAUUAUAUAAUAGGAGAGUUUCUCUCCCCCUGAUGCGAUACGUCAACGGUUUGUUGGUCCCACUUUUUAAAAGUGUGAAAAAGUGUCAAAUAUGUGAUUCGAACCCAGGUUAUUGAGAUAUUAACACCCACAACUAUACCACUACACUAAAGGAUACUUUGUACAAUGAUGGCUGAAACUAAUAUAUAUUAUGAAGGUCGGAAAUUAAUAUAACAUUAUGGACCCCACCUUUUUUUUUUUAAAUUGAUGGGUAACGAAUGGACUUCGACAAAAAGUGGGUUUUGGGCUUAUUGAUUUUCUGUUUAUUAGGCUUUGUAUCUGUCCAAAGUGGUGAUACAGACAAAGCUAAGAAGAUUAGGGAAGCCGCCCUCUUCACCAUCUCCUUCGUCGCUUGCGAUUCUCCUUCCGGCAAUCAGCUAUUAUGGUCGAUCUUUAAGGCUCUAUGCACGUUUUGCGCCUACCAAACGCUUAGUUUCUCCUCUAACGCCUUCAGAGCUCUCACAUAUAUAGAAUCCCUCGAGCUGCUCCAGCCGCUUCAGCCGCCAUUGCCGCCGUUCCCUACUCCACCUUCAACUCUCUCCGCCUUGGAAGGUCCACUCAGUCCAUUGUUGGUCGGCUCAUCCGAUUCUAGGAUUCCAGUAACAUUAACAAGAAUGGAGAGUUUAUGGACAUCACCAUUCUCCUCCUUGAUGAACUGGAUUCUGUGAUCCACAGUUUCAUCCCUGCAAUCUCCAAACAAAACAGGAAAACUGAAUGAAUUAUGUUUUUAGCAACCGAAUCUAAAAGAAAUAAAAGACAUCUUACUUAACAAAUUAAAACCUUUUAUUUUGCAGAUUCCGACGACGACGAAGCACCUGAGGACCAACGACAAUGGAAUGAUGCGGACGAAGCUUAACUGAUGUAAGUAAACUCCUCUUCAAUAAUGCAUCAUACUAUUAUCGCUCCCCAAUCUCACAAACUUAAGCUCUAAUCAUGUCAGGGAUCCCACAGGUGAUGCUGUCCCGACGGCGGAGAAAAAAAAAAGAAAGAUAACCUAACGUUUUUUUUUAUUUUUAGUUUUUAAGUUCAAAUCAUGUUUUAGACAUAGAGCCCAACAUAACUUGAGCCCAAACAUUUUAAACCCACAAUUACUUUUUCAUAAUGUAAAAACGUCAACCUUCGUUUAUGUUUUGUUAAACUAUUUUAAUUUUAUGUUUUGUUAAACUAUUUCACACAGGGGGCAGAUCUCCUUAGAAGGGGAGCCACUCGCCACGAUGCUUCCAGUUUCACCACUCUUGAAACUCUUAUGAACCACAAAGCCAAUAUAAGAGCUCUGUUUCAAUACAACGGCUGGAUUUUGUCACAGACCACCGCUAAGCCUGAAGAGGGAAGAGAAGUGGAGUGCUGCGUUUUGGAAGAUGGUUACUUGGAGUUUACAAGAUGAAGAUGGAACCCGUGACGAGGAAGACGAGGAGAAGUGUUACUUGGAAUAUCCUAACGUUAAGGAUGUAGACAAUGUGUGAUCUUAGCGAUGAAAAUUAGUGUAGCUUUAAUAUAUGCUACUACGGUCCUUGAGCUCCCUAACAAGUACUAGCAAACAAUGUGUAUUUUGAAAAAAUAAAAUAAUUUUGUAAUGCAAGUAGUUUGAAAUUUUGAGUAUUUAUUCAAACAACGGAUAUAUACAGAGUUGAUAACUUGAUAUGGAUCCCCAAAUAAGUUGGUGCUGCGCUGUCACAAUAUCUGUCUUUUUAAUUUUCAUAUACCUGACGUAAGCUUCUUCAUCUUCUUCUCUUUCCCUUUCUGUUGUUCCACGCUCUUUCUUUCAUGUUUAUGCCUUUUUCACAUUCUCUAUGUUUUACUUUAAUUAUACUUUUUGAAUUUUUCUUCCGUUUUGGGAGAUGUCUCUAACUUGAGUUAAUCGUCAAAAGCUAGGAUCAAUUUUGUUGUUUUAUUUCCGAUAAAUUUUAUUCUUUAAUUUGCACAAAUCUUAAACAAUACCAACAUCCCGUAAAUCAUACCACCCCACCGAUAUCCAAAGUAACCGCGCGGGGUCUCAGCACCUAGUACUAGAUAAUAUCACAACUCAUAUAUGAUAAUUUAUCUUUGUAAUUUGUAAUUUUUCAAAAUUAUGAAAAAUAUAAUGUAAAAUGGUUAAUAUAUUGUAAUAAAAUUUAAUGUUAUUCUUACAUUAUUAACCUAUCAAUAAUAUUCAUUAAUUUUUAUCAAAAAUUUAAUUAAUCGAAAUUUUUAUAUUCAAUUAUAUAGAAAACUUAUUAUAAUAAUAUUGAAAUGGACUUUAUCCCGCGAUAUCGCAGAAAGUCAUCUAGUAAUAUUUAUUUGGCAUAGGGCAUAAAAAUGUCUUGGAACGGCUCUGUUUAUUGACAUGGAAAGUGGCAGAAACACCGGCGCCUUGGGAAUGUAUAAUCACAAGUAGCACGUGUUGCUUUCUCGGCUUCGAUGCAAACCUUCCGGCAUUCAUUAUCCUUCAUACAAUAUUUUCUCCCUGAAUUAGGCUGCCUCUUGCAUGACCUCUGCCCUUCCACAAUCGUUGGUGCUUC